AUGGAGCUUCAUUCUGCUGGAUGUUCAAGCUCUGGAUCUUAUGAAAAGGAUCUUGGUUUGGGGCUUUUGAUGCCAGUUUCUCAAUUCCAGAUAGCAACUUCGACACAGCGAAGCAGUUCGUUUGUAUCUGAGGCUCCUCCUCCUGAUGUUGCAUUCCAGGCUCAGCAGAUCCCCGACCUGUCCAUGUUACACGACCAAUGA